AGAACGCAGCUGAAGGAUCCGCUCCGGGAAAGGCUGGGAGGUCCGGUAUCACAGCAGAGCCCUCUCACCUCUGGUCUUGCAGGCGCUCGGCUUAUCCCAUCUCACGCUGAGCGAUUUCCUGUGGUUAGAAGGACAGCUGAAUCUGGCCUUCCCGAAGGCACCUCUUGUUACAAUGUUUAUCUGGAUGUUAUGGCCAAAAUCGCCCUUGAAAAGUGUUGACUGAUGUGUGCUUUUUUUCUUUUGUCAUCCUUUCUUUAGCACAGGUGACUCUGACCCACAAGUGAAGAACUCCGGAGACCAUGACCAAGAAAAGAAUUGCUGUGAUUGGUGGGGGAGUGAGCGGGCUCACUUCCAUCAAGUGCUGCCUGGAAGAAGAUUUGGAACCUGUCUGCUUUGAAAGGACUGAUGACAUUGGAGGGCUCUGGAGGUUCCAGGAAAAUCCUGAAGAAGGAAGGGCCAGUAUUUACAAAUCAGUGAUCAUCAAUACUUCUAAGGAAAUGAUGUGCUUCAGUGACUAUCCCAUCCCAGAUCAUUAUCCUAACUUCAUGCACAACUCCAAGGUCCUGGAAUAUUUCAGGAUGUAUGCCAAAGAAUUUGACCUUGUAAAGUAUAUUCAAUUUAAGACCACUGUGUGCAGUGUGAAGAAGCGGCCUGAUUUCUCUACUUCAGGCCAGUGGGAGGUGGUCACUGAGUCUGAAGGGAAAAAGGAGAUGAAUGUCUUUGAUGGAGUCAUGGUAUGCACUGGCCAUCACACCAAUGCUCACCUACCCCUGGAAAGCUUCCCUGGAAUUGAGAAGUUCAAAGGACAAUACUUUCACAGUCGAGACUAUAAGAACCCAGAGAGAUUCACUGGAAAGAGAGUCAUUAUAAUUGGCAUUGGGAAUUCUGGAGGGGAUCUGGCUGUGGAGAUUAGCCACACAGCCAAGCAGGUUUUCCUCAGCACCAGGAGAGGGACUUGGGUCCUGAAUCGUGUAGGAGACUACGGAUAUCCUUUUGAUGUGUUGUUCAAUUCUCGACUUAAACAUUUUGUGACGAAGAUUUGUGGUCAAUCAUUAAUAAAUGCAUUUUUGGAAAAAAAGAUGAAUAAAAGAUUUGACCAUGAAAUGUUUGGCCUGAAACCAAAACACAGAGCUCUGAGUCAGCAUCCAACAAUAAAUGAUGACCUGCCAAAUCGUAUAAUUUCUGGCUUGGUGAAGGUAAAAGGAAAUGUGAAGGAAUUUACAGAGACAGCUGCCAUAUUUGAAGAUGGCUCCAGGGAGGAUGACAUUGAUGCUGUUAUCUUUGCCACAGGCUAUAACUUUGCCUUUACUUUUCUUGAAGACUCUGUCAAAGUGGUCAAAAACAAGAUAAGCCUGUAUAAAAAAGUCUUCCCUCCUAAUCUGGAAAGGCCAACUCUUGCAAUCAUAGGCUUGAUUCAGCCCUUGGGAGCCAUUAUGCCCAUUUCAGAGCUCCAAGCACGCUGGGUUACUCAGGUAUUUAAAGGGCUAAAGACAUUGCCCUCACAAAGUGAAAUGAUGGCAGAUAUAUCUAAGGCUCAAGAGAAAAUGGAAAAUAGGUAUGUGGAGAGCCAACGCCAUACCAUUCAAGGAGACUACGUAGGUACCAUGGAAGAGCUUGCUGAGUUGUUGGGAGUCAGGCCCAAUCUGCUGUCUCUGGCCUUUACUGACCCCAAGUUAGCAUUACAGAUACUACUGGGACCCUGUACUCCAAUCCAGUAUCGUCUACAGGGCCCUGGAAAGUGGCAUGGGGCUCGAAAAGCUAUCCUCACCACAGAUGAUCGUAUCAGGAAGCCUAUGAUGACAAGAGUAGUUGAAAGGAGUAAUUACACAACUUCAACAGUGACAAUAGGAAAGUUUAUGCUAGCUGUUGUUUUCUUUGCUGUAAUUAUGGCUUAUUUUUAGCUGUCCCAUUGUCAUUGCCCCAUUUUUCAUUGGGAAACUUGAUCUAGAGAUGUUUUCAGAGCAUGACAAUAUUGAAUGACUCCCAGCUUCGUAUUGCCCAGAAAUCUACUUUCGUGUCGCUUUCAAAAGCAUUAAUUCCUUCCUCUUUUUCCUAUAGUAAAAUCUCACUUUUUCAUUUGUGCUGAUUCCUCUCCAUUUAUCUCACGAUCCAUCCUUUUUUUCUUCCAGUAAUCCCCAGAUUAGUCAUCUUUGUAUGCCCUUAGCAGAGUUCUUGACAUGUGGUAGGUGCUUAAUAAAUGUUUGUUAUUAUCAGAUUUUAUGGUGUGGAGUAUAAGUCAGCAUCUGUAUUAGAAAUGGCUUGUUUCAUGUAACUCUUCUUCUGAUGGGAUUUGAUUAUCUAUUAGAAGCUCAAUUUUUGUUUUUUAUAUUAAAACUAAAUAUUUGUUUCCCAAGAGAUAAGAGAAAUAAUGAUCUUCUAAUAGCUGUGUGUAUCUAAGAUAAGACAUAUAAAUACUUAAGACAUUUUAUUUCCACUUGCUGUUCACUAGUGUACCUGAUAUCUGGUCAUUUUAACCUAUUUUCCCUAAGAAAUAUGUCUUUAUUUUCUCAAUAAAGAAACUACCUUCAA